AUGUCAGACAUCUUACAAUCCCUUAAUUUCAAAGUAGCUAAUGCUUCCGAAGAAUAUAAAACCCGACGCAAGAUCCAAAUGGUGCGUUUCUUGGCUCUGGCAGCCGUCACCAUCUUUGCCCUGCGUUUUGCCUACAAAGCAACCAUAACUAGACAAUACGUCCCUACCUUAUUCCAAGGCAACCAUUCACCUCCAUUAAGUUAUAAUUUCACCACUGAUGCCGCUGUAGCCGUUGGGACUGGGACGUUGUUAUGUGGGUCCGUGACUUCAAUGUUGGUAUUUGGUAGUUUUUGGUGUAUGGAUGUAAGUAAUAUCAAAGAGUUUGGAUGGAAGAUGAAGUCGAUUAUGGGAGGAGAUAUAAAGGAAAAAGAGUUGAGUGAGAUGCCUAUGGACGAAGAAAGUGCAUUAAUACAGGAUAGUAUUAAUGAUAUGUUGGAAGGAAGGUAUGAUUUCGAUGAUGAGGGUGAUUCAAGUGGAUCUCAAAAGUAG